GUCCUAUCCGGUCAGCCAGUCGCCAGCUGGCGUGCGUCAGCAGUAGACGCCGUUGUGUCAGUGUCUGAACAAGAGAGGCAAGAGCGAACCACCCCUUCAGCCGGCCAAGCCUCUGGACCAGUGAGAUGACCGGCGCCGCCCUCUCCGUGGCCAGACGCGCGUGCAGCGGCAGCCGCCGCCUCCUGUCGCUGCCGCCCCCAGCCGCCCCCGCCGCCACUCCUUUCUCUGGCAGGUGGCUGGCCACUGCCGCCGCCCCCGCAGAGGCGCCACCCAGCUCUCCGUCUCAAGAGUGGCUCAGCGCGAGGCCCUUCGAGGAGAUGCCAGGCCCCAAGAAGCUGCCCAUCAUCGGCAACAUCUGGAAUUUCAUCCCUAAGAUCGGAGAGAUGUCGAAUCAAGACUUGAAUGAAUUAAACGACUUCCUGUGGAAGCGGUACGGGGAUUUGGUGAAACUAGACGGCAUUCCUGGGCGGCCGACAGCUGUGCUCCUGUUUAACGCAAACGACAUUGAGAAAGCGUUCCGCAACGAGGGACCAUGGCCGCACCGGAGUGGCCUGCAGAGCAUGCUGUACUACCGGAAACACGUCAGGCCCGACUGGUUUCGGGACCGCUGCGGUGUCGCCGUCACCCAGGGGGAGGAGUGGUACAACUUCCGGCGCAAAGUCAACCAGCCCUUAAUGCAGCCUAGAUCCGCCAAGCUGUACGUGGGACCCAUAGACCAGGUGGCCGAAGACUUCGUCAACAGGAUGGUUCUGCUCAGGGACGAAAACCUGGAGAUGCCGGACAAUUUCCUUAACGAGCUCUACAAGUGGGCCCUCGAAUCGGUGUCACUGGUGGCGCUGGACGCGCGCCUCGGUUGCCUGGAGCCGGAUUUCCCUCCCGACUCUGAGCCGCAGAGGCUAAUCGACACCGUGCAGGUCCUGUUCGACUCGAUAUACAAGCUGGAGUUCCGGCUGUCACCGUGGAAGGUCAUCAGCACACCCACCUGGCGGCGCUUCGUCCGGGGGCUCGACUACUUCUACGAGACAUCGAUGAAAUACAUCAACGCCGCCAUGGAACGCAUCAAGGCCAAAGGCGAGAACUCCACUGGAGACCUCAGCGUGCUGGAGCGGCUGCUGCUCCAGAAUGAUGACCCUGUAGUCGCCUGCGUCAUGGCGCUAGACAUGAUGUUCGCCGGCGUCGACACGACUUCCAACGCGGCCGUAGCCUGCCUGUACUACCUGUCCAAGAACCCGGAGGCCCAGCAGCGGCUGUUUGAGGAGGUGUACGGCCAGCUGCCAGAGUCGCAGAGUCAGCCGCUGACGGCCAGCAAGCUGGAGGAGUGCCGCUACCUCAGGGCGUGCUUCAGGGAGGCCAUGAGGUUGAAGCCCAUAGCACCAGGCAACGCCCGACGGGUCCUCGUCGAUGACUUUGUUUUGGGCGGCUACCGUAUACCUAAAGGGGUGGACCUCGUCAUGGGACACCCGCAGCUCUCGGUCUCGGAGCAGUACUUCCCUCAGGCGGACCAGUUCCGCCCCGAGCGCUGGCUGAAGGGCCCGGACGGCCGGUCGGAGGCGCAGGAUGCGCACCCCUUCGCCUCGAUGCCCUUCGGCUUCGGCCCCAGGAUGUGCAUCGGCAGGCGCUUCGCAGAGCUGGAGGUCUACACGCUGGUGGCCAGGAUAAUCCGGCGCUUCCGCCUAGAAUUCCACGGUGACAUCAAGUGGAACACGGGCUUGAUCCAGUACGCGGCAUCCCCCCUCAAGUUCAAGGCCAUAGACAGGGACCGCUGACGACCGAGCCGUCGAUGGAUACAUCUCUACGGUGAAUGAUGCAUGGUUGGUUGGAAGGUUGGACUCGCAGUGGUGUGCGACGGCUUCGAAAGCAUGCUACGCCUUUCAGCUUGCAAUAUACGAAGCUGUCCGAUUUUCUUAACAGCUCACCGCAGAUAUUUUUUCACUCUAGAAUAAUUAUACAAAAAUAUCCAUCAUUAUUUUACCUGAUAAAGAUAACUGUUAAAUUAACUAUAUAAUUCUUUUUAGCAUUGCUAGAGGAUUUCCAUGUAGGACAAGGAUAAGACGUUGCCAGAAGCCCAGUUUAGUGCAGUGCUUCACAUGGUAACGGUUCUGGCACUGUACAAGAAGAAUAACGAAGUAUUUGGCAGUUCUCACAUCACACGAGACGUGAGAGAUAAGACGGACGUGGAGAGGAAUGAGCUGAGUGACGCAGUGCCUUAGAAUGUGACGUUGCGAAGUAGUCAUGUGGGUCAAAGCCUCAUCAGUUUCUGUCGGAUUUGGGGAACGUGCUACGAAAAGUGAACGAAUACGAUCCGAGAUUGCAGUUUUUCAGCCCAAGCGGCACCAAGCACAGCAUUUAGUUUCUUUUUCUUUUUUGCUUUUCCAUAUAUGGAAAUAAGCUGAUCCGCGGCUCCUAGAAAAUGUUGGGGAAAGAUUGGUUUUUCUUUUUUUUUUUUUCAUCAAUCUUCUCGCUGGGUCGAUGACGCCCACCUUUGAUUCCUCUCCUGUGCCAACCAUUUCAUCUCAGAGUACCACUUGCAACCUACAUCCUCAGUUAUUUGUUGGAUGUAUUGCAAUUUCUGUCUUCCUACAAUUUUUAUCCUUUACAUUUCCUUCUAGUACCAUGGAGGUUACUCCCCGAUGUCUUUAACGCAGGUCUUAUAAUCCCGUCCCUUCUUCUUGUAAGUGUUCUCCGUAUUAUCCUUUCUUCGCUGAUUAUGCGGAGAAACUCCUUAUUCCUUAUCUUAUUGGUCCAUAUGAUUUUCAACGUUCUUCUGUGGCAUCACAUAUCAGACUCUUUGACUGUCUUCUUUCCGAUUUCCCUACAGUCUAUGAUUCACUACCAUGCAAAUUAGCUUGCCAAACGUAAGUGCUCUGAAAUUUCUUCCUCACAUAUGGACGAAUGUUUGACAUUAGCAAACUUCUCUUGUCCAGGAACGCCCUCUAUACUGUGCUGAUCUGCUUUUUAUGUCCUCCCUGCUUCGUCUACCGGUGUGUUAUUCUGUUUCCACGAUAGCUUCUUCUGCUUCCUGGUCCCUAAUUUUGGUGUUAAGUUUAUCGCUGCUUUCAUUUCUACUACUCCUCGUUACUUUCGUCUAGCUUCCAUUCACUCUCACUCCGUAGACUGUACACAUUAGACUCUUCAGUGCAUUCGACGCGACCUUUAAUUCUUCUUCACAUUCACUAAGGAUAACAAUGUCAUCAGGAAAUCUUAUCAUUGAUGUCCAUUCUCCCUGAAUUUUAAUCCCACUAUUUAACCUUUCUGUUAUUUCCAUCAUUGCUUCUUUGAUGAACAGAUUGAACUGUAGGGGCGAAAGACUACAUUACUGUCUUAAACACGUUUUAAACCGAACACUUCGUUCCUGCCUUCAUGUUCUUAUUGUUGUCCCUUGGUUCUUGUAAAGAUCGUGUAUUAUCCGUCUUUCCCUGUAUCCGACUCGUAUUUUUUCUCAGAAUAUCAUUUCACAUUGACGAAAGCAUUUCUGUGUCGACAGAUCCCACGAAGGAGUCUUGAUUUAAGCCUUGCUUCCAUCACAUUCACAACGUCAGAACUGCUUCCCUGAUUCCCUUGCCUUUCCGAAAGCUAAACUUAUUGGGAAAUCUGACCAUAUCCAGAUGUUCUGCUCAGUCUAUAUUUGUGUACUUCCCCGCUGGUAUAGUGAAAAUGACAAAUUGGAGACGAAACUGGAAGUCAUGAAGGCAAAACAGUAAGAAAUAUAAACGUUGUUGACGCUAGCGUACAAAGUGAUUUCUCCUGUGGGCAAUGUAUGUUCGACGCCCACAGAGGAAGAAAUCUUUAGCUCCCACAAAUGUUUAUAACAUUGUCUGCUAGUUCAGAUGAUCGAUGACAUUUAGUCUAGCAAGAGAAUAUAGAAAUCCCUUUCGGAUCUGCUGGAACCAAAAUGAAGUUACUGGGGAUUUUUUCCUCGUUUUGUCGAGAAUCGGUGAUGAAGUUAACGCAGCUGCUUAACGCUUAUCCGUUUCCGUAAGUAAAUGGCGCGUGAGACGUAGCUGAUAACUGACACUGUAUUGCGUUGUAGUCGCAACUUCACUUCUCGUGUGAUGGUUUCUGGGCGCUGACCACCUUCACUACAAGAGACGUCCGUCUUAGCUUGUAAAUACAAAAGUCUUCUAAUAUUACAUUAUCCUAUCAAUGUUAACCUUACUAAAUGCUGCUGUACUAUGUACUGUGAAGAUAUUUAUUAUAGGUUAAAGCUCCUAAUUAGUUUCAGGUAAGUGUUUUGCCUCUACUGAUAAUGUAAAUACUUGUACCUUGUUGAUUAAAACUCAACUGCCGGUCAGGUAACAGACAACAUACCGUUCGUCAGUUCAUCUGUUGGCAGUUAUUCGCUAUUAGUUUCACAGCGGCUACACUAAUUAUUUGUCUUUAAAUGUUUGUAACACCUUAACUAAAACAUGUACAAACUGACUUUAGGCAGCAUGAUUUUCCUACAGAAUAUUCAUUUUCUUUAUCUGUCACUUUUGUGGUUCUAUCACAUCUUUUCUUCUCCAUAAGUGAUAUUCAACCUUUUCUUGCCAUCAUUUGUCAUAAGCCCAGUGUUGACCACAUACAAAAUUGUAAUUUCUCUCCUCCAAGCGAGUUUCACAUCUAUUUCUGAAAGAUCACUAAAUCAUAGCAUCUAAUAUUUUUGCUGUAUUCAUCAGUAGUCCGUACCAAUUUGUCUUGUGAGAAAGACGAGAGCAAUAUCACGUAUUAUACGGUAUACAUUGUAUUUUUGUUACCACACUGCCAGUGAAUAAGAGUUAUAUCUGUUACCAAUGUAAAAAAAUGCUAUUGAAACGUUGUAACAUUAUUUCAUA